GGUAAAUCAAAGUUCGGAAGCUCCGUCAUGAAAAAGAGGACAGACUGUCUUGAAGCUCUUGGACACACAUGCACAGCAAUGGGCAGUGAGAGGGUGACCUUGUUGUUUUCAGAGCUGGAGGCUUUGAAUCUUGGUUCUUUACAUGGAAACCAAGUUAUUGCAAAGCCCAAAAGUGUGGAGGAUGUACAGAUCUGUGUCCGGGCAGCUGGUGCGACAGGAUGCUCCAUCAGUGUGGUUGGAGGAAAUCACAGCGGCUUUGGCAAAUCUGGAGAUUUGGUGUUGGAGAUGUGUUACUUCACUUCUGUGCGCAUGGCAGACAUUGCAGCUGUGGCUGCCACGGAUGCGUCACGUGAAUCUGCUCUUUUGUCAAUCGGAGCUGGGGUGAAGCUGCAAGAUUUAUCCAUUCAAGCAAAGCAGCUGGGGCUUGUAGUUCCUCUUGGGACAGCGCCAACUGUGGGCCUUGGCCUCGUUCUGCAAGGCGGCGUUGGACACCUCACAAGGCAAUUGGGACUUGCCAUUGAUGCCAUUCGUUCAGUCCAGUUGGUUACAGCCACAGGGGAAGUACUGGAUGUAUCUCAAACGAACGAACGAGAGGAAAAAGAGCAAGGGAAACAGAAGGACAGACCAUGGACGGAGAAGCUUUCGCAAGUGGGACAAGAAGAGUCUUUGACAGAUUUGCAUUGGGCUCUACGUGGUUGUGCUCCGAACUUUGGAGUUGUGACAUCAAUAACCUUGCAGGCAGCGCCCUUUCGCCAUUGCAACACUGUGAGAAAAGUUUUUGAGAUCGGUGAGCCGCCCUCUCGAGCAGGAUGUCUUCGUGACUACAUGGCUUGGUCUUCAAAGCUUCCCAUGGACUGCAGUGCCGAUUGCUGCCUGUACUUCAAGGACAAAACUGCCUAUUCGAGUGGCAAUCCGACGGCGAACAUCCUGAUGGGAAUCUAUACUUUUGACUUUGGAAGCGGUGCUCCAGACGUGGAGCUACCUACCAGGCCUGCGUUGCUUUGGGAGAUAUUCCGUGAACAACAAGACAUUUCAGAAUUGAUGGAGCAUGAACCCUAUUUAUGUGAGCAGCCUGAAGGGAUCGUUCAUGAGGGUUUUCUUUCUAAACGCGGCUUUUUUGUACGCGCUCUUUUCUUCCACAAAGAAGCUGAGAUUCACACCGAGCUGAUUGAAAGCAUAAGCUCUGCCCCAACACAGCAUUGUUAUUUUCACCUGCAGCACAUGGGGGGAGCAGUGUCAGACCAGAAAGAUAGUGCCUUCCUCGCGAGGGAAGCAGAGUGGUCAGUGGUCAUCUCAGGAGUUUGGCAGAGCCAAGAUGAUUCGUUUGCAACUGAAGCUUUGGCCUGCAAGACAUGGGUUAUGCAAGUGGUAGAGCAGCUGCUGCCCAAAUCUCUGGGAAGUUAUGCCACAGAUCUCGGGCCAGAUGACCAACAUCUAGCACGGUACAGCUUCGGACACAAAACAUCAUUGUUGCUGGAAUUGAAGAAGAAGUGGGAUCCGGAUAAUUUGUUCAGGCAUGGAUUUCCUUUGGCAUCCUUGAGCAAAGGGUACGAUUGAAGAGAUAAUGAUGACUGGACUGCGCUUCACAUGCGUUGUGACCUGUGCAGAAAGUCCGAGACUCCAACAGAAGUCACUCAAGAUGAUAAC